CUGACACUCAGCUGGAGGUCAGUGAAACCUGAGUAAAUGAAAGCCAAAGAAAAAAAGCUAAACCUUGACUUUCUCCUUAUUUCCACUCCAGCCCCAGAAUGUUGACCAUUGCUCUUCUGGCCCUACUCUGUGCAUCAGCCUCGGCCAAUGCCAUUCAGGCUAGGUCCUCCUCAUACAAUGGAGAGUAUGGAGGUGGUGGAGGGGAGCGAUUCUCCCAUUCUGGCAACCAGCUGGAAGGCCCUAUCACCGCCCUCCGUGUCCGGGUCAACAGAUACUACAUUGUAGGCCUCCAGGUGCGCUAUGGCAAGGUAUGGAGCGACUACGUGGGUGGCACCCAGGGAGAUCUGGAAGAGAUCUUCCUGCACCCCGGGGAGUCAGUGAUCCAGGUGUCUGGCAAGUACAAGUACUACCUGAGGAAGCUGGUCUUCGUGACGGACAAGGGCCGCUACCUGCCUUUUGGGAAAGACACAGGCACGAGCUUCAACGCCGUCCCCUUGUACCCCAACACUGUGCUCCGAUUCAUCAGCGGCCGUGCUAGCUCCCUCAUCAAUGCCAUUGGCCUGCACUGGGACGUCUACCCCAGUGACUGCAGCAGUUGCUGAGAUCCAGCCUUCUCCAGGCCCUGCAUUGCGGCGACGGGUAUGGGAACCUCUUCACCACUAACUCCAUCUGCAAGGCUCAAUAAAGACAAAAUAAAAGAACCUAGCUAAG